GCGUUAUCCUGGACGUAUAAAGUAAAGCGUUGAGCCAUUCGUUACGCACUUCAAGUGAACCAAAGUCUGUUGUUGAAAGGCGAACGCUACCUCCAGUAAAUAUGAGGGAAAUUGUCCAUCUUCAGGCCGGCCAGUGCGGAAACCAGAUUGGUGCCAAGUUUUGGGAGGUGAUCAGUGAUGAGCAUGGCAUUGACCCAACUGGCACUUACCACGGUGACAGUGACCUGCAGCUGGACAGGAUCAAUGUCUACUACAAUGAAGCAUCAGGUGGCAAAUAUGUGCCCCGUGCUGUCCUUGUGGAUCUGGAGCCAGGCACCAUGGACUCUGUGAGGUCUGGUCCCUUUGGCCAAGUCUUCAGACCAGACAACUUCGUUUUUGGCCAGAGCGGUGCUGGUAACAACUGGGCCAAGGGUCACUACACAGAAGGUGCAGAGCUGGUGGACUCUGUCCUGGAUGUGGUGAGGAAGGAGGCAGAGAGCUGCGACUGCCUGCAGGGCUUCCAGCUCACACACUCCCUGGGUGGCGGUACGGGAUCUGGUAUGGGCACACUGCUCAUCAGCAAGAUCCGCGAAGAGUAUCCUGACCGCAUUAUGAACACCUUCAGCGUGGUGCCUUCCCCAAAAGUAUCAGACACAGUUGUUGAGCCCUACAACGCCACAUUAUCUGUUCAUCAGCUUGUAGAAAACACAGAUGAGACCUACUGCAUCGACAACGAGGCCCUCUAUGACAUCUGCUUCCGCACCCUUAAACUCACAACCCCUUCGUAUGGUGACCUCAACCAUUUAGUCUCUGCAACGAUGAGUGGCGUCACCACGUGCCUCAGGUUCCCUGGACAGCUCAAUGCUGACCUGCGCAAGCUGGCUGUAAACAUGGUGCCAUUCCCUCGUCUGCACUUCUUCAUGCCAGGCUUUGCUCCUCUCACAAGCAGGGGUAGCCAGCAGUACAGAUCACUCACUGUACCAGAGCUCACCCAGCAGAUGUUCGAUGCCAAGAACAUGAUGGCUGCCUGUGACCCACGUCACGGUCGUUAUCUGACAGUGGCUGCCAUCUUCCGUGGGCGCAUGUCCAUGAAGGAGGUCGACGAGCAGAUGCUGAAUGUGCAGAAUAAGAACAGCAGCUACUUCGUUGAAUGGAUCCCCAACAACGUCAAGACUGCAGUCUGCGACAUUCCUCCCAGAGGUCUCAAGAUGGCUGCCACCUUUAUUGGUAAUAGCACAGCAAUCCAAGAGCUGUUUAAGCGCAUCUCGGAGCAGUUCACUGCCAUGUUCAGGCGUAAAGCUUUCCUUCACUGGUACACUGGUGAGGGUAUGGAUGAGAUGGAGUUCACUGAGGCAGAAAGCAACAUGAAUGACCUGGUGUCAGAGUACCAGCAGUACCAGGAUGCCACUGCUGAGGAGGAGGGAGAGUUUGAGGAGGAAGGUGAAGAGGACCUGGCCUAAGUUUACUGUUGCACAGCUGUUAAAUCUGUCUCUCCCCAACUUUGUCAUGAGUACCUGACCUAAAGUCUUUCCCAGUCUUCUGUUCAGUUUUUCACUGAGGUGUUAUCCUGUCUUGUCCUGUUUCAUUGUUCUGAAUAAAAGUUAAAAGGCACA